AUGGCAGUGGCCAGCAGUGGCGAGGGCAGCCAGGGGCAGAUCGCCGAGUGGUUCCGCGGCCGGUCGGUGCUGGUGACGGGCGGCUCCGGCUUCAUCGGCAAGGUGCUGCUCGAGAAACUCCUGCGCUCGCUGCCACAACUGGGCGCCGUCUACGUCCUGCUCAGGGGCAAGCGUGGGGACUCGCCAGCUGCCAGACUCGAGAACAUCAAGCGCCUGCCGCUGUUCGACAGGCUGCGGCGGACGGACCCCGCGGCGCUGCAGCGCCUGCACGCGGUCGGAGGAGACGUGCUGCGCGCAGACCUGGGGCUGCAGGCCGCGGACCGCGCGCGCCUGCUGGCCGAGGUGUCGGUCGUCUUCCACUGCGCCGCCUCGCUGCGGCUCGAGGCGGGGCUGCGGGCCGCCGUCGAGCACAACGCGGCGGGCACGCUGCGGCUGCUGCACCUCUGCCGGCGCAUGCGCCACCUCCAGGUAAUAGUUCACUUAUCAACAGCAUUCUGCCACUGUGAACAAGAGCUGCUAGAGGAAAAAAUUUACCCACCACCUCAUGAUCCACAUGAUAUCAUGCAUUUAGUCCAAUGGCUGGAUGAAAAAUCUCUUGCUUCUAUCACCCCAAAGCUUCUGGGUCCACAUCCAAACUGUUAUACAUACUCCAAAAGACUAGCAGAAAGUCUUGUAUAUGAAGAAUCAAAAAACAUGCCAGCUGUUAUUUGCCGCCCAUCCAUAGUGACACCAGUUUUCAGUGAGCCGUUGACAGGAUGGGUAGACAAUCUCAAUGGUCCUGUUGGUAUUCUGAUUGGUGCAGGAAAGGGAGUUAUUCGCUCCAUGCUUUGUGGACCAGAUUUUUGUGCUGAAAUUAUACCUGUUGACAUAGCAGUCAAUGGAAUUAUAACAGCUGCAUGGGAUACAGCAACAAAUAGAAAAACUGACGAGAUGCCUGUGUAUAAUUUAUCAACAUCAUCUCUGGUGCAGAUUACAUGGGGUGAAGUAUUAGAACGUGGACGUCAGAUUGUGUAUGAGAAUCCAUUUGAAGGUGCUGUUUGGUAUCCUGAUGGAAAUAUUCGUACAAAUGAAACAGUACAUUAUCUUCAUGUACUCCUAUUUCACAUAUUUCCAGCUUAUUUAAUUGAUUUUCUACUGCUGCUUACUCUGCAGAAGAGAUUCAUGGUGAAGCUCCAGAACAGAAUAAGCAAUGGAUUGAAGGUGCUGCAGUACUUUACAUUGAGGCAAUGGAAUUUUGACAAUAAGGAGAUUCUUGCACUAUGUAGUCGCAUGACAAAAGAGGAUUGUGAAACAUUUUAUAUGGCAAAUGUUGAGUAUGAUGUUGAUAGUUAUCUGCUGUCAUGUGUUCUUGGUGCAAGGCAAUUCUGCAUGAAAGAGCCAUUAUCUUCACUUCCAAGAGCCAGGCGGCACCUAAAAAUGCUAUACUGGCUGGACUGGCUGGUGAAGAUGAUGUGCGUUGGCUUCCUGCUCUAUGUAAUGUACCAAUAUGCUAGACCAUCAAAAGCUCUGGUCAUCUCUUCUGUGGAUAGCCUGAAGUUAUCUGGUGCCAUCAACAGUUUCAUUUCUUAAAAAAAUUAGUACCUGCACAUCAAUGAUAUAAAUAGGACAAACUUUUAAUGUAUGAGAAGGGUCACUAAACUCUGAUUAAAAUUACUUUGUGAUUGGGGUUUCAGCGAGUCAAGUAGCAGGGGUGGUCCCCAUCCAGUCAGUUCUUUCCUGAGUGCCAUGUGCUCACUGUAUUGUCUAAUCUUGUAGGUUGAGUACUGUGCCUUGUGAAGUGUGGCUGGAUGUACACCAGCAACUCUGCCCCCUGCCACAGCUAUCAUCUGUCAAUCACAAAGAAAUUUUAAAUGGAGUAUAAAACCUGAAUCAAGUUUAAUAGCAUAGUAUUAUUAAUACUACUACUGAAUAUGCACAUUUUUACUACUACAAAAAAAUAUUUUGGACCUUCAAAAAGGAUAUAUGGAUGAAUGUUUCUUUGAUAUUUAAUAAAUUACACCGUGUUACAAUAUCUAAGCACUAAUUACAUGUGCCUUUUUUGCUCUUCAUUAUUGAACAUAGUCUAAAUAUUAAUUAGUUAUUCCUACCAUUUUUAAACAAAUUAAACUGACACAUUUAAACAUAUGUGUGUCAGAAAAAGUAAUACAAUUGCUAAAAUGAAUAGAAAAAAAUGGAAUUUUUUUUAAAUAUUAUGGGGCUCACACGAUAGGGAGGAAAGAAGAGAAUGAGAGGUAAUGUUAUAAAAAAGGAUAGAUUGCUACUCAUUGUAAGGGUGACCUGUUGAGUUGCAGACAGAAAAGACUGAUACACAUUAUAGCUUUCUGCCAAACGCUUUUUCAGCAAAGAAAACAUGUACACUUUCACACAACCAAGCACACCUCAUACACACGUGACUACCACUACAGGCAACUCUGACUGGAAUUGCCAGUGGCAGUGCUCGUGUGCUUGCUUGUGUGAAUAUGUGUGUGUUUUCUUUGCUGAAGAAGGCUUUGGCUGAAACCUAUAAUGUGUAUCAGUCUUUUCAUUUUGCCUGUCUGCAACCCAUUGUGUCAUCUUCAUGGUAGUAGAAAUCUAUCCUUUUUUUAAAUAUUGUUGAUAUUCCCGCCUGGAGUUUCCAUUGUUUGAGAAUGAGAUGUAACACUUUUUUGUUGGUCAUCUUGACCUACUCAAAAUCUCUGCAGUCCUCUUUCAUCAUGGGAUUAUAAUAUAUUUUUCAGAAACCACGACAAGAAAAAAUUCAUUGGUGAGUGUCAAGUUGUAAAAGUUGCCAACCUAUUACUUUGUCCAAAAGUCUCAUAUAAGGUUUGCAUUAACCUCCUGUGGUCAAAUAUAGCAGUAAACUCUUUAUAAAUGAUGCACACAAUACUGCAGAAUUUAGUUUUCAUUUUUCUUCGUGUUUAUUAACAAGCAGCUUAUUUUGGUGAUCAUCUUUGUAAACUGUAUGACAUCUGUAUCCCAGCAGAGGUCAGUAAGUCAUGCCUACUCGAACCAUUUUCAGGAAGUUUACAAGUGUUGGUGAUUAACAAUUAACUGUACACUUUGAAGAUUCAAAACAAACUUUUCCAAUGACACAUAGUAACAUUUCAUAAUGAUAGCUAAACACAAACUGACUGAUAACAUAGUGAUUGUACUAACAGGAUAUCAACACACGCUAACUGAUAACAACAUGAUGUUUAUUUUUCACUCUGGGUCAUUGAUUGACUAAAGUUUUGUGGGCAAUGUCCAUCUAUUGACAUGCAUCUUAGAAAACAUUACAAACUGGCACAAUACUAAACUAUACCAUUUUAGAUAUUAACACAGAAGACAUAAAUAUUAAAAGUGAUAAAGAUAUGAUAGGUAGUGAAAGUAGCUGUUUAAUUACUAGUUGUAUAAUUAGAAAAUUGUGAAAUUAUUGAUAUUUUUUACAGGAGAGCAAUUUAAUGUGAAAAGGGAGUUCCAUAGUUCACCAGAAAGUUUCUAGGAAGUGAAGUUUUCUAGUUGGAAUAAUUAACAAACUAACAAGUAUUUUAGAGAAAGUAUGUAUUUUUGAAAGCAGAAAAGUCAGUGCUACAGAACAAUAACACUGGUUUUGGAAAGAAGUAAAUUUUAGAAUUCAGUCAUACUGGAAUACUUAAGAUUUUCUGUAAAAAUAACUUCUGUAAUAUGGAUUUUUUACAAAAAGUAACAUGUUUGUUGAAAAGUGGAGAAUAUGGGCUUUUAAGUAAACUAUGUUAAUCUUGAA